AUGGCAUCAAUGCUGUUUAGUCGGUACAUUUAUUAUAAAUGUACCGACUAUAUGUCGGUCUUGUAUGUAAGCUAAAAACAUCUCGGGACAAACUUCGUACCAUCUCCCAGCCCUCCGUUUUUGACCAACAUAUAAGGAAAAGAUGGACGCUGUUGAUUUUAACAGCAUCUGAUCUAUAUUCACGUCGAAGAAUGAACAGAGAAAACUGAGUUUUGGUACUUUUAAUUCUUUCUGUGUCCUACUGAUUUAUUCUGGUGUUUCUGACGUUAAACAAGAAGAUUUAUAUUCGGCCUGACCCU